UAAAUCCUCAAAGUGGAGCUUUGGUUUUUCGUUGGAAUAUACGUUGCACAUUUAUGGCGAUUCUGAGUGUGAGGGCAGACUUCUGCCAGGCUCAGCACAGCGUUUUUGCUGACAAGUGAGCUUGGGGGGUUCUAUGUGCCAUAAUUAAUAUUGCCUUGAAGACUCUGGACACCGAGACUGGCCUCAGAAAUAGUUGGCUUUUUUUUUUUUAUUGCAAGCAUAUUUCUUUUAAUGACUCCAGUAAAAUUAAGCAUCAAGUAAACAAAAGUGGAAAGUAAUCUACACUUUUAACUUGUCUCACUAGUGCCUAAAUGUAGUAAAGGCUGCUUAAGUUUUGUAUGUAGUUGGAUGUUUUUGGAGUCCGAAGGUAUCCAUCUGCAGACAUUGAGGCCCAAGUUGAAUUUGGAUUCAAGUGGAUUCUGAAUACUUCUGCUUAUCUUGAAGAGAGAAGCUACUUAAAGAAUAAACACGUUGAAUAGAGAAAACACUGAUUGAUAAUAGGCAUUUUAGUGGUCUUUUUAAUGUUUUCUGCUGUGAAACAUUUCAAGAUUUAUUGAUUUUUUUUUUUGUUUUCAUUUUCCCCAUCACACUCACUCACACACGCACGCUCACACUUUUUAUUUGCCAUAAUGAACCGUCCAGCCCCUGUGGAGAUCUCCUAUGAGAACAUGCGUUUUCUGAUUACUCACAACCCUACCAAUGCUACCCUCAACAAGUUCACAGAGGAACUUAAGAAGUAUGGAGUGACAACUUUGGUUCGAGUUUGUGAUGCUACAUACGAUAAAGCUCCAGUUGAAAAAGAAGGAAUCCAUGUUCUAGAUUGGCCAUUUGAUGAUGGUGCGCCACCCCCUAAUCAGAUAGUGGAUGAUUGGCUAAACCUAUUAAAAACCAAAUUUCGUGAAGAACCAGGUUGCUGUGUUGCAGUGCAUUGUGUUGCGGGAUUGGGAAGGGCACCUGUGCUGGUUGCACUUGCUUUGAUUGAAUGUGGAAUGAAGUAUGAAGAUGCAGUUCAGUUUAUAAGACAAAAAAGAAGGGGAGCAUUCAAUUCCAAACAGCUGCUUUACCUGGAGAAAUACCGACCUAAGAUGCGAUUACGCUUCAGAGAUACCAAUGGGCAUUGCUGUGUUCAGUAGAAAGAAAUAUAAACGAAGGCUGACUUGAUUGUGGCAUUUAGAGGGAACUCUUGGUACCUGGAAAUGUGAAUCUGGAAUCUUGACUGUGUCAUCAAAGUGGUGAUGGAUUCAGUACUCCUCAACCACUCUCCUAAUGAUUGGAAAACAAAAAACAAAAGAAAUCCCUCUAUAACACGAAUAAAAUGUUUAAGAAAAGAAAAAGAGAAAGAAAAAAGGGAUUACUUCAGUGGAGAAUGGUUUUGCUCUUAGUGUUGCAGUUUGAAUUUCUGCCAGGAUUGAAUUAUUUCAAAAUCUCCUGUCUUUUUAAACUUUUUCAAAAUAGGUCUCUAAGGAAAACCAGCAGAACAUUAGCCUGUGCAUAACCUUCUCUUUGGGGAGCACACUCUUCCAUUAUGCUUGGCACAUAGGUCUAUCUCCCUGUUGUGGAAUUUCUUUCUUUUUUUGUUAUUUGGGGUUAGGGGGUGGGGGCUACAAUUUUCCUCUCUUCUUUCCUUUUCCCCAUCCCUCUUUCCCCCCUGAUACUAGUUGUAGAUGGAAUAGGAGAAGCCCUUGUUGCUGUAGAUGUGCGUGCAGUCUGGCAGCCUUAAGCCCACCUGGGCACUUUUAGAAAAAAACAAAAAACAUUAAAAAAAAAAAAAAAA